AGGGAGAGAAGCAACACAAUGGGUGAAUCUUUCCCAAUGAAGAGUGGUGAUGAUUCUCACAGUUACUCCAAAAAUUCCCUCUAUCAGAAACUAGCAUCCGACACAGUGAAGGAAAUGAUCCAAGAAUCAGUGAUCAAGUAUCUAGACACAGACAAAGUGGCGCCAUCAAUCGCCAUAGCCGAUUUCGGUUGCUCCAUCGGUCCAAACACAUUCCUCGCAGUUCAAAAUCUAAUCCAACCUCUCCAAACCAAAAACCUCGAAUUCCAAGUAUUCUUCAACGAUCACUCGAGCAACGACUUCAACACCCUCCUAACCUCCCUCCCGCCGGAGCGGCCCUACCACGCAGCAGCCGUGGGAGGCUCCUUCUACGGCCGCCUCUUCCCCCGCAACUCCCUCACCAUCGCCUACUCCUCCCAGUCCCUCCACUGGCUCUCCAAGCCCCCUCAGGGGGUCAACAACGAGGCCGGGAUCCACGGCUCUGGCGCCCCAGAGCCCGUGGCCACAGCCUACUCGGCCCAAUUUGCGGCCGAUUUAGGAUGCUUCUUGGCCGCCAGAGCCGAGGAGAUUGUGAGCGGUGGGAUUAUGUUCCUUGUCAUGCCGGCAACUCCUGACGGCUUGUCCCAGACCGAGCUCAGCGCCCUUUUCGAUUUCUACGGCUACAGUCUCACAGACUUAGCUGAGAAGGGGGUUGUGGAGAAGAGAAGGAUAGAGGAGUUCAACUUGCCGAUCCAUAUCCCGAGGCUAGGGGAGAUGAGGGAAGUGAUAGAAAUGAAUGGGAGUUUUAGGAUUGAGAGAAUGGAGCUGACGAACCCUAAGUCGAAGGUGGCGGGACCGCUUGAUGCUGCGAAUGUGUUGACUCACAUGAGAUCGGCCAUGGAGGGAGUUUUCGUGGCUCAUUUUGGAGCUUCCGUGGCCGAUCAAAUGUUCGACAACGUUGUGCCGAUGACUCCACGGAUCGCAGACUGCUUCAAGGCUCUACAUCAUAUUUCUAAUCAACUGUUUGUGGUGCUUACCCGAAAAUAAGUAAUACCACUAGGUAGUUCUUUGUCAUCUUGUUAUGAUUUCAGCAUGAAUAAUAUUUUGUGACAUGCUAUUUAAUGUCUCAUUUUGA